AUGCUUUCCUCGUGCCGAGCACUACGGCAGAACUCGAGAAUAGCACUUCGCAUGCUUCGACAAGGUGCUCUGGCAACUCGAAACUGUUCUGCAAAAGCCGCAAAUGGUCACUCAUCGCACGGGUCUCCGGAUAAAGAGAAAGGUUCAGGCGAAACUCAUUUCGGUUUCUCGAGAGUCCCGAUGUCUGAAAAACAAGGUUUAGUAGGCCGAGUUUUCGGCUCAGUUGCCCCCUCUUACGAUGUCAUGAACGACGCCAUGUCCCUUGGAGUGCAUCGUUUAUGGAAAUCAGCUUUCGUUGCUGAUAUGGCACCAACUCGUGGAAUGCGUAUCCUUGAUUGCGCAGGUGGCACCGCGGACAUCGCAUUUCGUGUUGCAGCCAGAACAGGUGGAACCGCACCGGUAGUUGUGGCAGACAUCAAUCCCAAAAUGCUUGAGGUCGGUCAAAAAAGGGCCCGCGAGGCAAGCAUAGGUGAAAAGGCUGUUCGAUUUGUCGAAGCCAAUGCAGAAAGUUUGCCGUUUCCGGAUGGCGAGUUUGAUGUUUACGCAAUCUCAUUUGGUAUGAGAAACGUCCCACAAGUUGACAGGGCCCUUGCAGAGGCCUUUAGGGUCCUUAAGAAAGGAGGUAGGUUUAUGAUGUUGGAAUUUGCAAAGGUGGAUAACCCACCGGCUGCGGCAUUUUACGAUGCCUACUCAUUUAAAGUCAUUCCGGCCAUCGGAAAAUACAUUGCUGGUGAUGAGGCAGCCUACCGAUAUUUGGUUGAAAGCAUUCGUCAAUUUCCAGCUCAAGACGAGUUUGUGUCUAUGAUGAAGGACGCUGGUUUCGUCAAUAACACAGUCACGGACUACUCACUGGGAAUCACUGCAACGUAUUCAGGUUUCAAACCCGCAUCAUGA